AAAGCAGCUCGCUACUUCCUGUGUAGACUGCUAGCCGAUUCACAUCCAGACGGCCGCAGAGACUGCGACUACCGUGUCAUCCAAGAUGCUGGCCCUCAUAAACAGGCUUUUGGACUGGUUCAGGUCCCUCUUUUGGAAAGAGGAGAUGGAGCUUACGUUGGUGGGACUUCAGUACUCUGGAAAAACCACAUUCGUCAAUGUGAUUGCAUCAGGCCAGUUCAGUGAAGACAUGAUUCCCACAGUCGGUUUCAACAUGCGGAAGGUCACUAAAGGCAAUGUGACAAUAAAGAUAUGGGACAUAGGGGGACAGCCUCGCUUCAGAAGCAUGUGGGAGCGCUACUGUAGAGGAGUCAAUGCUAUUGUUUACAUGGUGGAUGCAGCGGACCGAGAGAAGAUAGAAGCUUCCAGAAAUGAACUGCACAACCUUUUAGACAAACCACAGCUACAAGGAAUUCCUGUUCUAGUACUGGGCAACAAACGAGACCUACCCGGGGCACUUGAUGAGAAGCAGCUCAUUGAAAAAAUGAAUCUAUCUGCCAUUCAGGACCGAGAGAUCUGCUGCUAUUCUGUCUCCUGCAAAGAGAAAGACAAUAUAGAUAUCACGCUGCAGUGGCUCAUCCAGCAUUCAAAGUCACGAAGAAGCUGAAAUUGAAGCCCCGCCCCCCUCCAGUCGCAGCUCUGGCCUAAGCCCCCUAACGGUCAUGGGACCUCGACAGCCAUCCUUUCCACUGCCUCUGUGAAGUAAUCCAGCUAUCUGCUCACUACCGUCACCACCUGCACCACCCAGUACACUACCAUAGAUGUGUAGCCCCUGUACAGCACUACCGCCACCCCAACUAUCUGGAGUCUUGAGAAGUUGUUUCAGUACUGUGCUAGAAGGUGGAUUGUCCACACCCAUCAUGCCUUAUCACCGGUCAUUACGGACAUGCUCCGUGUCUCUUUUUUUUUUUUUUAGCUUCUGUUCCCUUUGACACAAGAAUCUGAUGACGCUAGUGUCCUGUUCCUCAGCUACACUAUAAUGAACCUCCUCUCAUCCCACAUUUAAACAUCCGUUCUGUUGCUCGUCAACAUUUGGUGUUUACAUGACAAGGUUGUGAUUGUAGUUUUUAACAGUUAUUUGCCAAAAUGAUGAUGGUAGCUUGUGCUAAUACCUUCAAUUCCUGAUCAAAUCUUCGCAAUGUAGCCCGCAUUUUAUUUGCCGGCGUAUGGAAUUUUUUUAUUAAGUGACUUAAGUCAAAGUUUACACAAGAUGAAUGGAAGGUAAGACUGUGAGUGGUUGUUGUGUCUGAGGCAAAAUCCCAUGAUAGGUCAGCAGUUUUAAGUGCCUUCGGCUCAGUGAGUGUUUCAAUCAGACGGUUAUUGCCCAAUGCGACUUUUAACCCACUAUUAUAAAUAAACACUUGGUACAGACGCAGCAUAAAUCCCUUGAUUACACUUAACACCACCUUUCGACAAUCUCAUUUUCUGUUUUGUAAUCUCAUAAACACAUUAUGAUGUCUGAGAAAAGACAACGCUGUACUAACAAUGAUAAAUGAGGAAUGAAGUAAUGGAUGAUGCGAGGUGAAUGAGAAAAUGUUACAUUUAGUUUGGUUGUAAAUUGAAUGCUGCUUCACUUGUAGCCUGUUUAUGUAGCUUGAAAUGUACCUUUUUUCUUGCAGUUCUCAGGUUGUUAAAGGGUUUAAAAAGAAUAAUAAUGUGUGAACACAGAAUGGGUGUGCCCAAGUAUCUGUUUCAUAAUCCCUAUUUUGUUCGGGUUGGAUAAAAGGAAGCCAGUGUUAGUCAUGAGCUUAUGGAGAACAGGAGACAGUCCAUUAGUUCAAAGCAUUUGGAUGCUUGAUGUCAUCCACAUGUUGCCACACCCUCGUCCGAACCCUGAUGUCUUUUGUAGAAGCCUUAGCAGCCAAAGUCAGCGCUGUCUACUCUUAAAGCGAUGUAUUGAUUGAUGCGUCAUUUCCUUCUAGCGACAAGACAAUGAUUUCUCACAGGUUUGAUCACUGUAUAUUAAUCUGCUCCUUGCUUGGCCAGUGCAUCAAUUAAAUAUUUUUUCUGCGUGAGUGUUGCCAGUAAAGAGCGAGUUAUCCCUUCUGCUACAAUGCUGUAAUGUAGGCCUUGGUGGCUACUGCAUUUCACUGUAAUGUUUUCUACAAAUCCAUCACACACGCUCUGUUAUCUCACAUGUUGCUCUGUGUCUGUUGAUCGUCGUAAUCCUAAAAAUGUGGAUUGUUGGGACCACAGCAGCAGUGAGGGGCUGUAAAAAUAAAAAAAAUCGGGUGACUGUGUGGGAAUUUGGGGAAAGCUUUGUUACCUGUGUAAUAAUAUAGCCUAUUUGCAAUUUGUAUGUGCAUGUGCUGAACUUAUUCACAUUCAAUUGCAGACUUUGUAAAUAAGAUUAGCAUUUUUAUUCCAAUAAAUGCUCCUGUAGAUGUAAUGCAUUCUUUCCCUGUGAUUGCUAAUAAAUUUGUUUUUAUUUUUAAGGAU